ACCUGAUUUUCCAGCCGUCUCAGAGAGAUUACAGGCCGCGUCAGUUGCACCAAAUUGCUGCUACGCUCCACACGUUUCGUGCGGAACGCUAUUUUCUGGAUGUUUGUGUGCCUAAAAACCUGCAGUAGAUUUAUAAAAAUCCCCAGGCGUUGCCAUAUCAGCGAGCGGCAGCCAGACACGCGCUCGAUUGAGGUAAAGAAGAGCGCGAGCGAGAGAGUAAGUGGGCGAGCCCGUGAGAGACACCGUUAGCUGCUGCUGUGUGCGUGAGCGUCCGGAACUGAGCAAAUGUCUGACGACGAGGCCAAUCGGUACGGCGGCAACGCUGGCAGCUGCUCCCAACGUAUACGUAAUGUCCUGACGCUUGAGGAGCGCGUGGAAGUCAUUCGCCAAUAUGAUAUUAUGCCCAUGUACAGCAAACUGGCUAAGAAUUUCAACUGUAGCUGGGAGCAAAUCAAGAGCAUUAUCUCAAAUCGGGAACCCAUUAUGGAAUUCUAUGAAGCGACGCGCCACAACAGCAGACAGCCCAAUUCCAAGUUCGAGGAGCUGCGCAGACGCAAAAUCAACUUUCUGGGUCAUUGCUUGUACGAGUAUAUACAGCGUGCCCAGUUCCAUUUGGGUGUGGACAUCAACGAGGAGCUCAUACGCACCAAGGCAUUGGAAUUUCAGACGUUGAUGGGCAUCGAACAUUUCGUGCCCCACAAGUCGUGGAUCAAUCACUUCAAGGCGGCCUACAACAUAACGCUCUCGAAUCGCCAGAUAACAAUGACACGUAAGCCACCCCGUUCUCUGGAACUGCGGGAUAUUAUGUCCUACUGUGGCAAGAACAUCCCAUCAUCGGACAGCAGUAAGCUGCCGGAUUUACCUGCUCCUCCAGUGGCGCUCAACACGCAGCAAGCUGUCGCACCACUGCAGGUCAGCACGCCGGCAACAGCUGGACGAGCUGCAUUGCUGUCACCGCGGAAGCCCGUGGAUAUACGUUCCUUGUAUCGCACCAAAACCCUGGUGGCUGCUUCUAGCCAGAAUCAGGCCACACUGGAUGAGCUGCAGCUGCGGCGCAAGCGCAAGAUCAACUUCCUGGAGAAGGCGCUGUUCGAGUACAUUUCACGCUCGCAGUUUCACCACAAGAACAAAGGUCGCCUGGAUGUGGAUCAUCUGCGCGAGGUGGCCAUUAAUCUGCGCGACAUACUGAAGAUUGAGAACUUCUUUCCGGAUCGCACGUGGUUCAAUCACUUCAAGAGCCACUACAACUUUAGCUUCUCGCAGGGCGUGCAUUACAACAUGAUGUUGCGCCGAGUGCCACUUUCGCUGGAUCUGCGCGACAUCGUCAGCUACUGCGGCAGGCAUGAGCAGCGGGAACAGUCGCAGGGGAACAUUACACUAACGCCUAAGGAAAGUCAAGAUCCCGCUCGUUUUGUACAUGUGCCCAUGGUGGAACCGAAGCCGGAGGAAACAAUUAAGGAAACCAAUAAUAUUGUCGAUGACGACGACGAUUGUGUGGCCAUUGAGACGCCCACGGAACUGAUCGAAAUUAAGGAUGAUGACGAUGAGCAAGAUAAAGUCAGUGUGUGCGAUGAGCGCAGAGAUCUCAAGCGCCCAGCAGCAGCAGCAGAAGAUAGUCCUGUACCGAACCUGCCUCUCAAGAUACAAAAGAUCGAAUCUUUGAAUCCUAUUGCACACAGUCCGGGUCACUUUUCCGAGGAUAGCGCCGAUGGCGAGCUGCCGCGCUGCGUGGAAAACUAUAAGGAUGCGCUGCGGCUGCUAAAGCCGCUGGAGGAGUUCGCACUGCUGGAGGAGAACUAUCGUGCCAUUGGACUGCUCACCCAGCUCGAAAAGAUUUUCGAAGGGGCGGCCAAUCGGGCACAGAAUGACAACGACUGCAAUUAGAAUCCCUUCAAUGGAAUCAGACAUUUGCUAUUGAAAACCCUCACUACAAAUUUGACCAAAAAAUAGAUUGCUGGCUUAGUUUUAUAAGUGCGUGUAUAUAUAGAGCAUAAAAUGAUUACGUAUGUAUUAAGAGCCUUGCUCGAUAAAUGUUGGGAGUAUGGAAAACCAACCCUUGUUUGAUUAAUGUUGUUAUAAAUACUUAUGUGUGCACAUAAA